UCGUCAGUGAACGUUAGCCUUGAGCUUGUGUUUCAUGAGACUGAAUCGUCUACCGAGGCUGGUCUGCACUCGGUUCAGUUGCAGUCCCUCACCGCCGUCUCGUACGAUGUCUUCCAACCGUGAGGUCCCCAUGGCCCCGAGGAAGGAGGAUGAGGAUGUUUGGAAAUACCCACGUCCACCUCUGCUCCAACGGACACCGAAUCUUCUACGCGUAGUCUGGACGGAUCUAGAGGGAAAUCAGACCGUUAUCGCAGAGACAGACAAGGCCUUCCGUGUGCUCGAGACAUCUCACCCUCCAACCUACUAUCUUCCUCCCUCGUCUCUCAAGCUCCCCGUUCAAGCUCUGAGUCGAAGCACUUUCUGCGAGUGGAAGGGCCAAGCGUCAUAUUACGCUAUCAGACCUCCAGGUGCCAAGAAGCCUAUAGAAAACAGGAUCUGGUAUUACAAGCAGCCCAACCCCUCAUUUGUCCCUCUCAAGGAUCACGUCUCCUUCUAUGCCUCCACCGGUGUAGAUGAAGAGGAGGUUGGAGGCCGAUGGGAUUGCUUCGUCGAUGAUGAAAAGGUCGUCCCCCAAGCCGGGGACUUUUACGGUGGUUGGCUAACAUCCAACAUCAAAGGAAAGACCAAGGGUGGGCCAGGUACAUGGGUAUGGUGAUAUGCAUU